AUGAGCGUAGUAGAUACGGAAAAUUCUGAAAACGAAUCCAUGGAAGAUUUUAUUAAAAAAUAUUUACUAGAGGAAGAUUACAAAGAAGAAUUCAAAGAAGAUUACACAGAAGAUGUUUCGUUUUUUACAGGCAAUCCGAGUAACAUAAAAAAAGAUGACUGGAUAUUGGCAAAAUUUGCCACAAAAAAAAGUUUAAAACAUUACGUUGGACAAGUCAUAAGCGUUAAAAAUGAAAUCCCUACAGUGAAAUUCUUAAGAAAAAUAAAAAAUGCCAAAGGCAAGAAAUUAGCGUUCACGUACCCAAAUGUAGAAGACACUUGUGAAAUGAUGCACUUAAAUGACAUAAUUCUAGUAUUACCUCAACCAAAUAUUUCGCGGAGGAGUCAGAUAUUUGAUAUAAAUUUAAGUGAAUAUAAUGUGCAAUAA